GGCUGCACUGCACCACGUGACUAACGGUCGCGGGAAGUACGUUGCAUCGUGCGUGACACGAAUCGGUGGAUUUCUAUCGAGGCUUUUUUCACGUUUUUUUAAUAACUGCCUGCUGGUUAUUUGUAACCAGUUUCACAGCGAGCUGAGCUGCUGGAACAGAGGGCGAUACCCAGCUCGUGCGGGUACUUUAUUUUUUUUGCGUGUCAUUUGGACGACGAACUUCUUCAACGUGGUGGUCUGGAGUUUAAAAAAAAGCCUUUUCAGGGCUAACGGACUUCUACGUGGGUUACUGGAAUACCUUCAUUCAAGGUAGUUUAUUUGGGGGGGUUGUUUUGUGGGGGAAAAUAGAACUAGUUCUUGUUUAAUUUUCAACGACCAAGUUUUUACCGAGAGUAAAAUCCACUUGGCUAGGAUGUCGAGCUACAGCCGCCAUUGGCAGGACUCCCCCUCGCCCAAAUCUCGUCCCGUCCGCCAGAGACUCCAUUUCACGGCGAGUGACAGCGAGGGUGACUCGCUGGAGGACGUUAACGAGUCGGGCUUCACCGAAUUGGACUCACCGACGGCAAUGCGAACCGGUGCCGUCGACACGCUAGUGGAAGGCGGCCGCGGUAGCGGCGAUGGAAGCCCUGUGUUGAGGCGGUCGUUCGGGGACGACAUGUGGUCAGAAGAGGGCUUCGGCUCCCCAUCGCAUUUGCUUUCUCCGCGCUCGGAGCUCUUUGCCGCCUGCACGCCGACUCCAAAGAAAGCGUCGUGCUUGACUACCGGCUCACCGGAGCAGACUUACUGGCGGACUAACAAUGAUGGAUCGGGCUCGCCGAUCUCGACGUGCCCCGACACACCUCCCCACAAAACCUUGAGAAAACUGCGACUUUUUGACACACCGCACACGCCAAAGAGCCUUCUAUCCCGUGUGAGGGCUUCCAGCGGGAAGGGUUCGCUCUUGAAGACUGGCGAACCUGGGGCGAUUCUGUCCAAGUCUCACACAGACGGCGACAGUGGCAGGAGACGUCACACGCCUCUGGUCAACUUCAACCCCUUCACCCCCGACUCCUUGCUCAUCCAGUCGGCCACGCAACAAAAGAACAACAGGAAGAGGCCACACUGCAUCGCCUCGAGCGGUGAAGACAUGGAGGCAAGUGAAGGCGAAGACGAAAAGGAAAUCUUGCCACCGUCCAAGAGGGUCACCAUGAUGCAGAGCAACAUGAUGUCGCGCUACGCCUCUGAAUUCCUGGAGCUUGAGAGGAUAGGCUGCGGCCAAUUUGGCGCCGUGUACAAAUGCGUGAAGCGAUUGGACGGCUGUCUCUACGCCAUCAAGCGCUCCAAGAAGCCCUUGGCUGGAUCAGUGGAUGAGCAAAACGCUUUGCGCGAGGUGUACGCUCACGCUGUGCUCGGCCAGCACCGGCACGUGGUACGCUACUACUCUGCGUGGGCGGAAGAAGGCCAUAUGCUGAUCCAGAACGAGUACUGCAAUGGCGGAACGCUCUCAGACGUGAUGACUGACUAUGCCCAGCGCCACGCCCGCCUGUCAGAGCUGGAGCUCAAGGACCUGCUCCUCCAGGUGGCCCGCGGACUCAAGUACAUCCACUCCAUGUCGCUGGUGCAUAUGGACAUCAAGCCCAGUAACAUCUUCAUAUCACGCAAGUCUGUCAGCAGCUGUGACGAGGGCGAUGACGAGGACGGCCUCAAUACUAAUGUGGUCUACAAAAUAGGUGAUCUUGGUCAUGUGACGCAGGCCAGUAAUCAUCAAGUGGAGGAAGGUGACAGCAGAUAUUUGGCCAACGAAGUUCUUCAGGAGGACUGCAGCAACCUGGCCAAGGCCGACAUCUUCGCCCUGGCCCUGACGGUGGUCAGCGCGGCCGGGUCCGAGCCUCUGCCCAGGAACGGCGAUGCUUGGCACGAGAUCCGACGGGGGAAACUACCCGCUGUCCCCCAAGUGCUCUCACCGGAGUUUCUCGGCCUCCUCACGCUGAUGAUCGAUCCCGACCCCACCUGCCGCCCUUCUGCCACGGAUCUCAUCCGCCACCCGGUGUUGCUGACGGCCACAAAGAGUAGCGCCGACCAGCUGAGAGUGGAGAACAACGCCCUGAAGUGCAAGAAUGCCCUGUUGGAAAGGGAGCUGCAGAAGGCUCAGCUGGCCAGAGGCUCCGCGGGGCAGAAGGGAAACAGCAGUAGCACCUCCAGGCUCAUCGGGAAGAUGAUGAGCCGAUCCGUCAGCCUUAAUAUCUUCUGAACUGUUUUUGUUGUACAUAAGUUGGGAAAAAAGAGUUAAUAUUUGUUAAAUCAACACUUUGCCCUGUUUGAACUUGUACAGUUAUUUAAUAAAAUCGUUCUAUCUACA